GCAUUCUUCGAUUUAGCCCGAUAUCUACAAACCAGAUACAGGAUGGAGCCUGCCGGAAGUAUGGGGGUUUGGAACCUAGAUGAUUAUCAGUUUGUUGCAUUCAUCCUAGGAGCUGCUCAGCUGAUCAAAGGAUCCCGUGUAAAACCCAAGAGUAUUGCUGAGCCUGAGAUUGCAGAGAUGUUAAAAAAUGAUUAUCAUUUCUACGCCUGUUUAGCGUUCAUCAAUCAAGUGAAAACUGGACCCUUCCACGAACACAGUAAUCAGCUGUGGAAUAUCAGUGCUGUCCCACUCUGGUCUAAGGUAUUCACAGGUUUGAUUAAGAUGUACAGAGCUGAGGUACUGUGUAAGUUUCCAGUAAUUCAGCAUUCUCUCUUUGGUUCUAUCUUCACAUUAGAGAAAGCUAAAUCUGUGUUUACUCUGCCUGGUGAGGAACAGCUAAGAGUAGGAGUACCUGGAGUUGAUGCUAAGGUUCCAGGAGUCCCUGGAAUAUCAGGACAAAUCUCCGGAGUUUUACCAACUCCAGGGUGUAUGCCAGGACGUUUCCCAACUCAGGGAGCAAUGUCUGGACGUUUCUCAACUCCGGGAGAAAUGCCGGGACGUUUCCCAAGUCCGGGAGCAAUGCCGAGACGUUUUCCAACUGCAGACGGGAUUGAACAUUGUCCAGCCCCGGGUGGUAUCUGAUGUCUAGGGUCUAGAACCCUGACAGUGUUUACAUCCUAGAUGAGGAAAAAUAGAAAAAUAUACAUUUCCUCUAAAUCUUGCAAUUCUGUGAAUUAAAUAUAUUAGCAGAAUCCUAAUUAUAUUCGAGUCGAAAUAUUUAUCAAAUAAAUUGAAAUUUAAUUUAAUUUUCUCCUGGUUUUCAGA